GUGGCACUAAUGAAAUGUCAUUUUAUGUAUAGCACUACACCAUUUUAUGUUUAUAUAAUCCCAUCUCUCUCUUCUUUAUUUCACAAUGGAUUACUGCACAGAUCUGGAAGAAAUACACAAAGCACACCAAGAUCCAGCUACAAACAUAUACACGCCUUUUCUAUUUCGACUAUAUUUGCUUAGCCCGGAGCAAUGGGCGGGGAGUGGACCAAAGGGCGUCGUCAUUCACAUGAGCCCAGGGUGUCAUGGCGUCUGCACACAGCCGUGGGACUCGGUAUUAUAGGGCUGUGUGUCCUUCCUAUUAAAGAAGAUGAGGAAGAUUUGUCAAUCUGCAGCCUGGCUCCGUGAGUCUGAUCGCAUUCUGCGCGUCUGCUUUCACUUCCUUUUUAGUGGGUAAAGUUCUCAAACUUGGAAAAUCCCCAGCAUGAAUUAACCCUUUGCUGUCACUGCAGCUGCUAUGAGAGCGGACGGCUCCAUCAGACGCAUUCAUACUUGGUUGACACCGUGAGACAGAAGCUCUUCUUGGUGCUUUUCUGCACUGUGCUGACAGAGGAGGCAGAGCGGCUGCUGGGGAGGUAACAGCUGACAUGGGGGCCCAGCAGACCACACAGCAGAGUAGCCUGUGGACCAGGUUGCCAGAAGACGUAUUGCUGGAGAUUCUAGCUCUGGUCCCGGCUGUGGAUCUGAUCCAUCGCUGCCGGCUGGUCUGCAGUCAGUGGAAGGAAGUCAUCGAUUCUGCGACGCUGUGGAAGCUAAAAUGUCAACGUGCCGGCUACAUCAAAAAAGACUACAAGAAACAUCCCAAAGACUGGAAGAUCUUCUACUACCUGUCCAGCCACAAGAAGAACCUGCUUCAAAAUCCAUGUGCGCUGGAGAAAUUUAAUUCAUGGACAAUAGAGGAAAACGGCGGUGAUCUUUGGAAGGUGGAAAAAUUACCUGGAGAUUUAGGAGAAAAUUUCCCAGAUGAGACCGUCACCAAAUACUUUGUGACUUCCUUUGGGAUUUGCAAGAAAUCUCAGCUGAUAGACCUGAAGAAAAUGGGGUACAGCAACAAAUUUAUGGACACUUUUCAACCGGACAUUGUCAUCAAAGACUGGUAUGCAGCGAGGAAGGAUUGCGGCUGUCAGUAUGAGUUGGUGGUUCAACUGCUUUCUAAAAAGAAGACGACCAUUCGGGAAUUUGCCCCAGAAAAAGUAUUUAUAGAGCAGUGGAGCGACGCCUGUUGGCGACAGAUGACAUGUAGGUUCAGUAACUACGGACCAGGAGUGCGCUAUAUAUAUUUCCAGCAUGGUGGUAAUGACACACAGUUCUGGGCCGGCUGGUACGGAGUUCGAGUCACCAACAGCAGUGUCACCAUAGAACCGGAAGAUCUUACUCUAUAUGAGAACAGGUGACUGGCACAUGAAACCUUUUAAUGAUGAUGUCAUCUGUGUGUGUGAGAUCACAAUAAACCGAAGAGCUCUAGAGUGUCACCAACUUAAAACUAGGACCCCGUGUGUUGCUUUGUCCUUGAUAAAAAAAUAA